AUGACCAGCGAAUCCAUCGAAAUCUCCAAUUUGCAGCCCCUCCGUGUGCUGGCAAUUACAAGAGCUCGAUUGCAAGCUGUUGAAGCUGCCUACCAACAAGAUCCGGCAGCACUGACAGAUGAUGUGCUCGAGGACGCCUUCCGUUAUGGUGCCCCUCGUGGAGUUCUGCGCUAUCUAGUUGAAAAGAAAGGGUUGGAUGAACAAGAGAUCUCUGAUUUGAUGGCAAAGAUAUUCCUGGAAGAAAUACCUGCGAUGUUGAGUACCAGUGAGUAUCAGUGA